CACGUUCGCUGAGGAGCCCGGAGCAGCAGCCGCGGCGGAGCCGCCGCCCGGGCGCAGACACGCCCAGCCCGGCCGGGGCAGCGGCACCUGUUGGCACCGGUAGGAGGGCGAGCCCGCCAGAAAGAAGAUAUUGGGAGGACCACCAAAGACUGCUGGGAUAGCCCUGAUGCACCUGCUCUCUCUACUUGCAGCAAUGCAGAUAUCUUCCGCAGAAUAAAUGCCAUGCUGGAUAACUCUCUGGAUUUCAGUGGAGUCUGCACAACACCCAUCACAAAAGGAAGACGUGACCUUUUGCCAGAGUUUUUGCAGUGAUAACACGGACGGCGGAGAUCUAAUGGCAAAGAUCUGUAAAGACUUCCAGGACUCUGAAGGAGCAGUGGCAAGCAGGAUGCUUUUCCCCAGCUCUGCGCAAGAGUCUCCCCGUGGCCUCCCGGACACAAACGACCUGUGCCUUGGCCUGCAGUCUCUCAAUCUGACGGGGUGGGACAGACCAUGGAGCACCCAGGAUUCCGAUACUGCAGCACAGACCAGCACACAGUCUGUUCUCAGCAUGCUCAGUAGCCCUCUGGGGAACGUUUUGGGAAAGCCCCCUCUGGGCUUCCUGCCUCUGGACCCAAUUGGCUCGGACUUGGGAGAGAAGUUUCCCACACAGACUCUGAGGAGCUCCCGCCUGGACAGUCGCGCUCUCCUGGAUUCCCGCUCCAGCAGCCCUUCGGACUCCGAUACCAGUGGAUUCAGCUCUGGAUCUGAUCAUCUCUCAGACUUAAUCUCAAGCCUUCGGAUUUCCCCACCUCUGCCUUUCCUGCCCCUCAGCGGUGUGUCAAGGGACCCCUUAAAGAUGGGUGUGGGGUCACGACUGGAUCAAGAUCAAGCUGCAUUGGCUGCAGUAACUUCCUCCCCAGCCAGUGCAUCUAAAAGGUGGCCUGGGGCAUCUGUGUGGCCUUCCUGGGACCUGCUGGACUCACCAGAGGACCCUUUCAGCAUUGAAAGAGAGGCCAGGCUUCAUAGGCAAGCAGCAGCUGUGAACGAGGCAACCUGCACCUGGAGCGGGCAGCUCCCUCCCCGAAACUACAAGAACCCAGUCUAUUCCUGCAAAGUCUUUCUGGGAGGUGUUCCAUGGGAUAUCACGGAAGCUGGACUGAUCAACACCUUCCGUGUGUUUGGCUCGCUGAGUGUGGAGUGGCCUGGUAAGGAUGGCAAACACCCUCGCUGCCCUCCCAAAGGUAAUAUGCCUAAAGGGUACGUCUACUUGGUGUUUGAGUCAGAGAAGUCUGUGCGGGCCCUGCUGCAGGCUUGCUCCCAAGACCUACUGAGCCCUGAUGGCCUGAGCGAGUACUACUUCAAGAUGUCCAGCCGCAGGAUGCGCUGUAAGGAGGUGCAGGUGAUCCCCUGGGUCCUGGCAGACAGCAACUUCGUGCGAAGCCCAUCUCAGCGGCUUGAUCCCAGUAAGACUGUCUUCGUGGGGGCCCUGCAUGGGAUGUUGAACGCAGAGGCCCUAGCAGCAAUCAUGAAUGACCUGUUCGGAGGGGUGGUCUAUGCUGGUAUUGACACGGACAAGCACAAGUAUCCUAUUGGAUCUGGCCGUGUUACCUUUAACAACCAGCGCAGUUACCUGAAGGCAGUCAGCGCUGCAUUCGUGGAGAUCAAAACCACCAAGUUCACUAAAAAGGUUCAGAUUGACCCAUAUCUAGAAGAUUCCAUGUGUCAAGUGUGCAGUGCCCAGCCAGGUCCCUUCUUCUGCAGAGACCAGGUCUGCUUCAAGUACUUCUGUCGCUCCUGCUGGCACUGGCAACAUUCCAUGGAGGUCCUGCGUCACCACCGCCCGCUGAUGCGCAACCAGAAGAACAGAGACUCCAGCUAGAGAGGCAGCAGAUGCACCAGGAGCUGCUGCAGUUACAGGAGAAAGUUCUUUUGUUAACCUGCCAAGUGGAGAGAGCACGAGCGUGCCUGCCAGUGCCAGACCCAGACUGGGAACGCGCUUCCUGAGGACUAAUGGGGAAAUCUUACAUUCACGUUUGCACUUGCUGGUCUUUAUUUGUUUCUGCACUAAUGCACAGUGAAUUUUGUCGGGUUUUGUUUGGGGUUUUUUUGAGGGGGGAGGGCCCCUCAAACGAUUCUGCAGUUCCCAGACUUUGGUUCCUCGUUUGCUGACAAGAAGCAAAAAGGGCCAUGUUUUGAGAAGGUGUCUAUGCAGAUGCCUUCACCUAGGUUUUUUAUUUAUUAAAGGCGCUUUUUUACAUUCCUUGCAAUACUGAUGGUAAUAAUGCAGGUCUCAUUGGCUCCAUUUUUUUGCAGUUGCCAUACAGUGCCUUUCCAUUCAUUUAACCCCCAUCUGAACGGCAUAAACUGAAUGUUCAGCUGGCGUUUUUUACUGUAACAACAAAGGAGACUUUGCUCUUCAUUUAAACCAAAUCAUAUUUCAUAUUUUACGCUCGAGGGUUUUUACCAGUUCCUUUUUACACUCUUAAAACGGUUUUUAAGUCGUUUGAAACAAGAAUUUUUCUUUCCUGGCAGCUUUUAACAUUAUUGCAAUUUGUGUCUGGGGCUGCUGGUUAGAAGACAAGUUUCACCGUUGUGAAUCAAGGGGUUUGCAACAAGAAAAGGACAGGAUUUUUGGAUUUGAAACUGGACCGGAUAAACGAUCUCUGAGCUGCUGUAUAUAGUUUUAAAUAGUUUGUUGCACUUUUUUAAGUUGCACUUAAGGGGGGUUGAUAGAGGUUUUUAAUCACAAAGUCACAGGACUUAAUUUUCUUUUGUAACUGAGCUAAAAGGGCUGCGUCUUGGUGGGCAGACAAAGGUUCAUAGGAGCCCUUUCUCUUAGAGGGGACAAGUACCUUUCCCUUUGUUUAAGAAAUGUAAAAAGCAACAGUGCAGUCAACUGAAAUGCUGCUGGGAUUUGAGAACUUUAUAAUUUAUUUUUUACUUUCCCCUCUAUUGGAAGCUGUGUGCCAAAGAACCAGUGUCAUAUUUUUUCCCUUUUUCCUGCUGAGCUGAUGUUGCAUAUCCCAGCUGCUCUUUGUGGGGUUUUUGUGAAGCUGUGUGUGAAGUCUCUACCUCAUUGUAGUAUAUGCAGGCAAGACUGCACUCUCCUACAGAUGCGUGGAGUAAGCUGUGGUGUAGUUUUUGGCACAUAAUAAACACGUUGCAGCA